GAAUCGCCUUCAGCUGUCGUUCAACGGCUAUCGGCAUGAGGUGAUCGACUCCACGUGAUGCGGACGUUUGUACAGGCUUGCAAAGACGCACACAGUUGCAUCGGAGAGGACUGUGCCACUUUAUUCUCUAUUUGGACUGCUUACUCGUAUUAUGGUCAGCCGCGAAGACGAGAAACCGGUCCUCUUCCGUAUCCGGUGUAACUGUGGAGCGUCCACGUAUGGCAUCAUAUCUCGUACUGGGUGAGAUCAUAUACGAGCACAGAAUAUAUGUACUACGCAGAUCGCAGUAAUAUAUUCCACCACAUACCUUCAUUUCCAAAUACUUCCUAUCUUCGACAUCCUAUAAUCAUUACUAGGAUCUUCCCACCAUGAAGCCCACAUCUCUUUUCUUCACGGUCGCAGCAUUAGUCGCAUCAACAUUAUCCGCACCCACUCCAGGUCAAGGCUUCUACCUCAAGGUAGUCGGCGGCAACUCCAUCACCUCCGGAGCCCUCCUGCGCGAUAAUAACACCUAUGAUCUCGGCGUGACACCCCCGCCGUACUACAACAGCAAUGGCUACGGCGAUUUCCCCAAGCCGAUCUCCAUAUCAAAGGAAAACGCUAGUGAGCUCCUCGUCUCGCCCACAAACCCACAUCCUGGCCCAAUCUCCGGCCGCCUGGCUCUCGUAUCGGACGGCCCCGGGGACUGGACGCUGAGCAAGGCCUUCCCGCAAUCAGGUGGCUCUUGGAACGUUGGACCGGAUCGAGAGAACGCGACGGUUAAAACAGUUGGAUGGCAGUUCAAGAGCGUGCCAUGGGGCUCUGGGACUGUGUUGAGGUGGAGUGAUAAGUCGUGCUCGGGACGCUGGAUUGCCGUUAAGACGCACGUGAAGCCUUAUGAGGGGCCCGAGUUUGAUAGGUGGGUUAUCCACUGGUAUGAAGUGAUGCCUGGAAACACGAUUGGAGAGAAUGUUGUGGUUGAUCUUGAAGUUGCGCCUAUGUCUUGAUCGAAAUGGGUUGGGAAAUCAGGGCUGAAGGUAGUUUGAGCGCUGCGUAGGUGAAUGCAUUGAACAGGGGUAGGAUUAGCAUACCGAAUCAUUGCUUUGAGAGCUUUUUUGGCAUGCGGAUAUUGGGACGGAAACCAGAAGGUACUUUCUCUGAGUAUAAGGAUCAUAGUGGAAGGGUAGGAAUCACUCCACCAUGCCCUUUCUGUGCUAGUCUAUUGAAUAUUUUGAUUAACGACAUGGAUACCCUCGUGUUCCCCUCUUACA